ACCAUGUCUGUGUCGAUUUAGGUUUUUAAGUCUAGUAAAUCUAUGUUUUGAAGUACAUUUUUUUUGGUCUUCAAGGGUGGGUUUUUGUUUUUUUUAAGCAGCAAGCUUCCGCUUCCGCUUGUUUCUGGCAGGAGCCUCCGUCGUGGUCAGAAUGAGCGCAGGAGGAAAAAUCCGGGAGGGGGCUGCGGGAGCUGGAGAAGGGGCAGCUGCCAUCCUGCUACGUUAUCUUCAAGAACAGAACCGGCCCCACAGUGCACAGGACGCCUUUGGCAACUUGCAACGAGAGCAUGGCCUGGGCAAGACGGCUGUAGUGAAGGCUCUAGAGCAGUUGGCUCAGCAAGGGAAGAUCAAAGAGAAGGUUUAUGGGAAGCAAAAAAUCUAUUUUCCAGACCAGGAUCGCUUUGGCAGUGUGGGUGAUUCAGAACUCAAAGUCCUGGACAAUGAGAUUUCAGAACUGUCCUGCAAAGUACAAACCCUCCAACAGAACUGCCGACAUAUGGAGUCAGAACUGAAAGACCUGAAGGGCUCUUUGACAACCCCAGAGAUGGUUAAGGAGAUUGAAGAGUUAAAAAAAGAUUGUGCCAAUUACACAGAGAAACUGGAGCGAAUUAAAUCUGCUGCCAAUCAUGUGACCCCUGAGGAGAAAGAAAAGGUGUACAAUGAAAAGAAGCUGUAUUGCAGGGAAUGGCGUCGCCGGAAGAGAAUGGCAACAGAGCUCCUUGAUGCAAUCCUAGAAGGCUACCCCAAGAGCAAGAAGCAGUUUUUUGAGGAAGUUGGCAUUGAGACGGACGAAGACUUAAAUGUUACGUUACCUCCAGUCUGAACCAAAGGCUUGCCUGGCUUAUGAAACAUACACCUAUUUAGCAUUCAAGUUCCAGUCCUACAUCUUCCAUAGCUCUGUAUAUUUUUGAAAGUACUUUUCAUUCAGUGGGGAUAACAGAUCCUGCUCACUGCACUAUUAGUUCUUAGUUCCAGUACCUCUCCCCAGGCAUGUCAGGUUGUUUGCCCCACUACACAGGACUGCUGGUAAGAGAUUGAGAAAAUUGUUGGGGGGUAGGGGUGGGGAGGGAACCACAAAAUAAAUAUUUAAAUUGCUCUGGCUGCUGUAUCAUCUCUUUGUGGAACAGGCCUGCAUUCUGUGUGGACCCUAUUGUGUAAAUUAAACUAACCCCACCCCCUCA